AUGUGUACCUCCACUCACCAGUUUACAAAAUGCGGCCAAUGCAUGAACAUCUUAGACGAGGACUAUCCGUGUAUAUUCCGAUGCAAACUUCACAAGCAAGGCCGUAGAUGCGAAAAGACAACCAAAGACGAAAGCACCAAAGACGAAAGCACCAAAGACGCCGAUGCAGAUGAUUACGGCGAGUGCGUGAAGAGAGAGGAGGAGAGGAAGAGGAAAGCGAAGGAAAAUAGCAAGUAA